AUGGAGUUUGAUGAACCGGUUGCAAAAAAAUCAAAAAAACGUUUUUAUAAUUCUCAGUGGGAGAACCAAUAUGGUUUAGUCCAGUUUGACCGCAAUACCGCGUUUUGUGUGUUAUGUGAACCACCAAAGCCUUUCAUUCACUUCUUAAAAACGAACCACGAAAAUCAUUACCUCAAUUUUCACCGUGAAUUCAGCACAAAAAAGGAAAGUGAUCGAAUUUCACACAUUACAAUGAGAAAAUCGUUACUGAGUUAUGAAGGGGCUGAACGCAUUGAUGCAUCAGUAGCAACAGGGACAAGAAUUUCUUUUUUGAUGGCUCAAGAGAUCGCGAAAGAGAUGUUACCAUUUGAGCAUGGUGAAGGAUUGAAGACCAUUGUAAAAAAAUUCAACCGGGAAUUGUUUAACACUUGUCCCAAAUUACAAAAAGAAGUAGAAGAGGCAAUAUCCAACGUUCCAUUAUCCCGGAGAAUAAUCACCAAUCGAAUUCAAUUAAUGAGUGAGAAUAUAUACUCUCAAAUUGAUGAUGAUCUACAACGGUGUGACUGUUUCUCCUUUCAACUCGACGAAUCCACGGACGUCAGCGACAUUGCGCAAGUUCUAGUUUUUAUCAGGAUGGUUUUCCCCGAUUUAACAUUAAAAGAAGAAUGCUUUGGACUAUUUUCAUUGCAUGAUAGAACCACUGCCGAUGAACUCUUUAAGCAUUUUGAAAUUCUGCUAGAGUCACGCAAUGUCCCUCUGGAAAAGUUGGUUUCCAUAACAUCUGAUGGAGCUGCAACGAUGACCGGAAAUCAAAAUGGUUUUCUAGCUAAGUGUAGAAAUAAUAAGAAGUUUCCUUUUUUCAACGUUUAUCAUUGCAUCAUUCAUCAACAAGUAUUGUGUGCUAAAGCUCUUAGAAUAAACGAUGUGAUAGAUGAAGUGGUAACAAUAAUUAAUUUUAUUCGGGGACGGGCGUUAAAUCACAGACAAUUCAAGCAGCUCAUAAAAGAUAUGGACGAAAAUAGUGAUGAAUCUGAUGUUAUUUACUACACUGAAGUGCGAUGGUUGAGUAAAGCAAAUAUGCUUCAACGAUUUGCAAACUUACUUCCGGUAAUACGCGAUUUUUUAUUAAUAAAAGGAAAAGAGGAGUGGGUCAAUAAAUUGCAUGAUUUUAAAUGGCUGUCAUUAUUGAUGUACGCAGUCGAUUUAACUUUAAUAAUUAAUUCGAUUAAUAAAAAACUGCAAGGGAAGUGUAAGGUUGUGUGGGACCAAAUUCAAGUGAUUAGAGAUUUCGAAUUAACAUUGGUGAACAUUAUAAAACAUUGUGAAGUGAAUAGUAUCGAUGAAAGAUUGCAGCGAUUGAAGAAAUUGUUCGGUGAGAGCUCAGAAGAACGAUUCAAUGGUGAGUCGUUAAUAAAAGUAACAAUGCCUAUUUUAGAUGAAGUCAAAAAACGCUUCAAAGAUUUUAGAGAUCUUGAAAUUAUUGGUGAAAUAGCCGUUAAUCCGUUUGCUAUAAAAUUCGAACGAUAUGGAGAACUCAUCGAAACAAUCAAACGACUGUUUUCAAAUGCUGAUUGGAUUGACUUCAGUGAAUUAGUAAAUGAAUUUGAAUCAUUACCACGAGACAAUAAAAUAAAUGCUGUAAUUGCGAGUGGUGGUAACAUGUGGAAUGUGAUAGCUGCAAAUAAACAAUAUCCAAAUUUUUUGAAAAUUUACAAAAAAAUUUUGUCAGUGUUUGGAUCAACAUAUUUAAGUGAGAGUGGCUUUUCGUUCAUGAAAAAAAUAAAAACGAGUGAAAGAUCGCGAUUAACUGACCAAAAUUUAGGACACUUAAUGAACAUUAAAACAAGUCAACGCGAACCAGACAUUUGUUAUCUCAUGUCAAAAAUGCAGUGCCACAAAUCGCACAAUACAGACUGUGAUUCUGACAUUGACAUGGAGAAUUAA